AUGUUCCAAAGUUUUUAUGCUAAAGCCCAAAAAGUUGGCAAAAUCGUAUCAAUGACUUCACCAAACAUUCCAAUUCUUGCAAACAGUCUCAUAUUUAAGGUCGAAGUGUGUUGGAGGCGUAAAGCACUAAGAGCCAUUUACAUGAGUCACAGUGUUAUAUCCCCAACAUUACCCUUUCAAGCAUCGGCCAAAGGGCAAAGACCAUAUGGACGUAGGAUACCAAUAUUGUUUAGUAUACUGGAAGAGAGGUUCAGUGUAGGGUACGAGAGCCACUACAUGCAACAAGCCAUAGCGCUAUACCCUAACAUAAUAACUUGGGUUCCGAAAAGAAGUUAUCAAGUCAAAAGCCAAGUUUUUUUUCCUAUUUAUUGGAUGUCUACAGAUCUUGAUUCAUUCGAUAUUGAUUGGUCAGCUAAAAAUCUAUCUGCUUUAACAGACUUAAGCUCUUAA